CAUUUGUAUCUUUGGGGUAAAUACCUAGCAACAUAAUUGCUGAGUUGUUGGGUAGCUCUGUUUUUAACUUUUGGAGGAACCUCCAUACUGUUUCCCAGAGUGGCUGCACCAGCUUGCAUUCCCACCAACAGUAUAACGGGGUUCCCCUUUCUUCCUCUGCUGGUAGCCUUAACAGUCUUCUUUCUAAUAAGGUACGGGAAGAUUUGACCAGGUAAUGUUAUGUGUAAACUACUAACAUCUCUUAACUUACUCCUUCCAGCAGACCAUGCUUUUUCUUGAAUAAUUUUCCUCCAGUUUUAUAAACACAGGGCAUGUUAUUUGGAUAAUGAUGCCAAGGUAGCUGGAACAAAGUUGAUGAGUAUCUGAAUCAAAAAACUGAAUUCAUACCAGUACUUUAUCUGGUUGUUUUGGAUUCAUUUGGUUGCCCUUAGUUUAUUUAGGUGUUUUAAAUACCAUAAGAGUAGGGGGACCUGGGUGGCUCAGACGUUAAGUGUCUACCUUUGGCUCAGGUCAUGAUCCUGAGGUCCUGGGAUCAAGCCCAGCAUCAGGCUCCCUGCUCAGCGGGAGGCCCACUCCUCCCCCUUCUUCUCCCCCUAGUUGUGUUCUCUCUCACUCUGUCUGUCUCUCUCAAAUAAAUUAAAUUUAAAAAACAAAUAAAUACCAUAAGAGUAUCCUGAACUUUUUUAUCCCGAGUAUAGGUUCAUAGUCCUUCAGUCCGGAUGUUGUUAAAUCCUGUUGCCUAAUACUAUUUCAUGAAGAACAGUAGACUAACCUCCAAGAAAUCGAGCACACUCUUUAGACUUAAGUGACAGAUUUCACACUUUAAAAACAUUGCCAGUUUUCAACCUAAAAUCAGUGAACACUCAUCUGGUAUUUCCUAAAGAAAAGUUCUGGUAAAGCUUUUUUUUUUUUUUUUUUUAAGAUUUUAUUUACUUAUUUGACAGAGAGCACAAGUAGGCAGAGAGGCAGGCAGAGAGAGAGGGGGAAGCAGGCUCUCUGCUGAGCAGAGAGCCCAAAGCAGGGCUGGAUCCCAGGACCCUGAGAUCAUGACAGGAGCCAAAGGCAGAGGCUUGGGAAAGCUUUUUUGUUCCAGAUGUGUUUGUCUUAUUUUAAAAUUCAUUGUUAAAUUUUAUUUAAAAUGUAUAAGAAUGUAGUGUACUAAAUUCUAAAAAUCAUUUUAGUACAUUUUCUUCCUUACCAUAGUGAAAGCCAGCAAACAUAGACCAGGAGUUGUUUGUUCUCUGAUAGGAUUUGACAGUAGGCAGGAGUUAGCACAGUUGUCAUUUUGGCCGGCUUUGGCAUGGUCACAGCAUGCUUUUUUACAGUCAGUCAGAUACAAGCUAGAGGGGUCAAGUGGGAUUUUACAUUUCUCUAGGAGCUCCCAGAUUAAAAAGUCUCUCUUUGGAGAUCAUGAGAGGGUGCUUUGAGUUUUUGUCUUCUAAUUUUUUUAAGAGAUUUAUUUAUUCAUUUAUAGCACACACAAACAGGGGGAGGGGUAUGGGAAAGAAUCUCAAGCAGACUCCCUGGUGAAAGAGGAGCCCAUUUUGGGGCUCCCUCCUACAUCCCCAAGAUCAUGACCUGAGCUGAAACCAAGAGCCAGAUGCCCAACCGACUGAGCCACCCAGGCACCCCUUAGAGUUUUUAAAGGAGGUUAUAAUCUUUGGAGGAGCAAUUAUUUGUAGCCUAGAAAAAUAUUUUAUUUCAGUGUAAAAAUAAAGUUUUUAUCAUCUUAUUUCUCGGUUGAAACAUUUUCAACUGUACAGUUUGUGCUGAGGAAAAAUAAAUGACGGUAAGAUCAAGUACCACUCUAAGUGGUAUUUAGCCCUAAGAAAAAAUAAAUGUUUGAAUUGCUAUAUAUUUCAGAUCACAAUAACAUUAAUAACAUCCCUGCAUUUGUACUGAGUGGUAACAACCAUUGCUGCAUAUUUUCCAAUCACUUGAGAACCUUCUGUGUUUGGUUGCUGGAAUGUUACCAUGGUCACAUUCUGUUGGGCAGAGAAUAGUGAACUGUGGAACCAGUGGCAAUCCAGGACACGUAGGCCUGGAACUAGGGUAUCUGAGAAUUGUGCAGUGUGUUGAAGCCACACUUGGCAUGGACCAGAAGAAUCUGAAGAAGCUGGUGGAAUCCAUCAGUACUACUGUCAAGAACUUCAAAAAAAGUGAAGUAGAGUGUCUCCUACGACUUUUUCACAGCUUGGUGGAAAGAGCUAACGUAAGACUUAAUAACUUCGGACUAGACCGUAACGCAUUUCGAGUGAUCCUACACAACAUAUUUGGAAUGACUGAUGAUAUGCUAAUGAACAGGGUAUUUUUUGCAUUUGACAAAGACAAUGAUAACUGCAUAAAUGCGAAAGAGUGGGUUAAAGGAUUAUCAGUGUUUCUUCGAGGGACUUUUGAAGAAAAGCUUAAGUUCUGUUUUGAAGUUUACUAUUUGAAUGGUGAUGGUUACAUUUCUCGAGAAGAGAUAUUUGACAUGUUGAAGAACAGUCUACACCAACAGUCAUCUGAAGAAGAGACUGAUGAGGGAAUAAAAGAGUUGGUAGAUAUAACACUGAAGAAAAUGGAUUAUGACAACGAUGGCAAGAUAUCUUUUGCAGACUUUGAAAAAGCAGUAAAAGAAGAGAGACUUUUGUUGGAGGUGUUUGGACCAUGUUUACCAGAAGCAAAGAAUUGUAUUGAUUUUGAAGCCCUGGCAUUCAGACACAUCCUGACUUCUAGUUUUUGAAUGUGAAUCACUCAAUACUUGUAUUAAAAUCAGAAACAGAUCCCGACUGCCUAUCCUUAUUUGCAUUGUAAAGUUUUUAUCUUUCACUUCAUUUACAUAGAACUACUGCCACGUGGGAAGUAAUACUAAAAGAACGGUUCCUGUAAUUUUUUUUUUUUUUAACAUUUAUUUGUCAGAAAGAAAGAGCACAGACAGAGACA